GUCGACUAUCAGCAGUGAUAUUUUAGGCUACGUCGUAAAAUCACGCCAAUUGAAAUAUUUAAGUGAAUGAUGACAAAGCGAACGUUUGACGUUGCACAGGAGCUUAAAACAUUUCGCUCGCAGCUAUUUAACAUUGAUAAAAACGAUGAUCGCUUGAAACAAAAGCUGCAUGGAAUUCUUGAUAAAUACAGUGGAGAGCAUUUUGACACUUUCGCUGAAGAGUACUUGAUCGCCAGCUUUGAUACUGAAUUCUUGAAUGAUGAAAGCAGAUCAAAGAUACAACUCCUCUCCAAUGUGGAACUUCCGUCAAUUCGUGAUCAAAAUGUAACCUAUUGGGAUCGUGAUCGUUUGAUGUUUUGUUUAUUAUGCAACAAUGAAGUGCAAUUUGUCAAAGGAUUCGAUUUGGUGUGUGAAAAACAUUCGGAAGAAGUGCUUAAAUUGAAUACAGAACAACCGAACAACCUAAACGCCGUAGAUGCACUGGAGAUUUGGCGUAAUAUUUCAUUGAUUAAAAUAGCCGUGAUAAAAGAUUUGAGCAAAGCAAUUCGAAAAUUGGGAUCGUUCAAUGCCACCUUCAAUUCGACGGCGAUUCAUUUGGUGUAUGAAUUCGGUCGGUGGGAAUGUUUGCGAAAAUUACUCGAGAAAAGAAGAAAAAUGGCAUGGGAACCAGUAAAACUGGUUGAAUUUACAACGUUUCUGAUGCGAGUGCAAAAGUAUGACAAAGAUGGUCAAGAAAUUGACAAUAAACAAAUUGAUUUCGGCAAAUGUGUGGAUUUACUUUUCAAAUAUGCCGACUACGAAGUCAAUGAACAAAACGUCGAUCAUUCAGCCUUACAUUUAGCGGUGAUGUACAAUAAAUCGAAAACUAUAAUGGAUUUGUUGAAAAGAGGUGCUUACAUUGGCUUAAAAGAUGCAACGCAGCGGCCAACCAUUUGGAAUAUCAACGCAAAGACGCUGGAAAAACAUUUCGACAAUUGUAUUACCGGCGAAAAUUUGGUGGUUUUCAAUUAUGAAAAUUUGAUUGCGCCAUCGUGCGACUAUCCAAAUGAUUUGACCGUCAUUGAAUUCAUAUCACAGUCGAAUGAAUUGCGGCAUUUAUUGGAGCAUCCAUUGAUUGCUAGUUUUAUUUCGUUGAAAUGGACACGAAUGGCAUUGGUUUUUUACAUAGAUUUCAUGCUUUAUUUCCUGCUCUCUUUGGUCACUGGUCUGAUUUCAAUGUAUUACAUCAGAGAUCCCUCAAGUUACUCGAUUCCUAUGGUUGUCAUCACACUGACUUUUAUCGCUUAUGUUGCAUUCAGACGAUUGAUACAAGUUUCAUUUUGCUCGUCAAGCCAUCAGAAAACUUGGGAGAAUUCUCUGAAUUCCUUGCUCACACUGUCAAUCAUCGUGUUUUUGGUGUUAUUCAUGGCUGGAGUUCGAUAUGACAUUCAUCGGUCUAUAUUUGCUACCAUUUGCAUUGUAUUAAUAACGCAUGAGUUCAUUCUGUUGGCCAGUGCAUUUUGGCAUUUUUCCAUUUAUCACGAAAUGUUCAUCACCGUGGCAACGAGUUCCAUUCAAAGUUUACAAUUGUAUGCGAUUUUUUUGCCAGCAUUUUCAUUAUUGUUCUACAUUUUACUGUGUGAUUCGAGUGAAAGUGGAAGGCAACAAAACGGCGAUACAAGCGAUUGGAUUGGAUUCUCCACAUUGGGAGUGUCUGUGAUUAAAACAGUUGUAAUGUCUACCGGCGAAUUUGACAUUUUAGAUAUGAAUUUUGACGCCAGUGCCGUUGGCAUUUUGGUUUUUAUUGGUUUUAUCUUUUUGAUUUCAACCGUUUUUAUGAACCUACUCAAUGGACUCGCCGUUAGCGAUACACAAAAGUUGCAGUUUGAUGCUGAACUACGAAGCUAUGGUAGACGUUGUCAAAUGCUAGCAAGAUAUGAAGAUGUACUGACGAAUAAAGGACAUUGGUUUCGCAAAAAUCAUCGAAUACUAUGGCGAAUCUGCAGGUGCUUUAUUCAUCUUAACAAUUUUGUGUACCAAAACAAACGGAUUUAUAUUGAAUUAGAUGAUCAGUGCAAAGUUUAUUCGGUGAAAAUGCUUCGAUCAUCAUCAAUGUCGAUGAGAGUACCGCUGAGAAGCUGGACCCGGCUAAGAACAGCACCAAUCGACUCGAAGAUUAUACAACAAGCACUUCAAAUUCGACAGAGAAACGUCAACAGAAAAUACAGAGAACGCGGUGAAAAUAAUGAUGUGGAAAGAGACAUAUUGGCAAGUCGAAUGGCUAGAAUGGAGAAAUCACUGACGACAAUUGAAGCUACACUGAAAAUACUAACCGAUAAAAUAAAAGAAAAUUAAAUAUUUGAGUUUCCAUAUUAUUUUUAAGUGUUCCAUCGAAAUUUUCAAUGUUAUUGUGAUUUUAGAAAAGAAUGUAUUUUAUACGAUUAAAGAUAAUACAAGCUUCAAUUUGGUUUGAAAUAAAUUGA